AUUCAUUGGUCGAUUUGCGAAUCAACUACAAAAUAAAAUUAAUCUGAGUGGGUGAUACAAACACAAAAAUCUUAUUCAUCAUUAUAAUUAUGAUAAAUCUUAUUCAUCAUUCAAUUCAUUUACACUUGAUGUUUACUAUUGUACUUGUUUCAUGUGUAGUAACAGUGAAACUUGAACAAAUUGCUUGUAAUUAAUUAUCAACGUGCUUUUUUGCGGUCACAUGAAUAUCAUUUAUGAAACUGACCAGUUGUUGUUAAACACAUGAAAACUACAUUCGGAUUUCAUUUGUUUUCUGGAUAGAUAAAUAAAUAACUUUUCUAAUUACUUCUUAAAUUGAACUGAUGCAUUUAUGCAACUCGAAUUCAUUACACUUGGAUAUUAUUUGGAUUAAAGCUGAACUACAUAUAUUUUUGCAUUCACUUUACUCAUCCACAUCAUCACAAUCAAUAUUGUUGUCGUCUUCUUUGUCAUUGCCAACGUCAUCAUCAUUAUGGUUUUUACCCUCAACCAUAUCUAAAAUAUUUUUCAAGCUAUUUUCCUUACUGAGAUCAUUAGUACGGUUCAACGAUAUUCUCGUGACAUAUUAUUUACGAUUUUACGUGAUAUGCAUUAAAUAUCUACUAGGACAAUGUUUAACCCGAUACAGGACUAUUAUGACAAAUAAGGAUGUCAUUAAUUAUCGGUAUUUCAAAAACAAUCAUAGAAUCCAGUUGUCAUCAAGACGAAGUACUCACUUUCAUCAACAUCUCUCAUGGUAUAGAGAGAUAAAAACUGUUUCUCAUCACCUGAAAUCCUCAAAAAAUAUGAAUUAUGAAACAGCUAUUUCUGACACUGCUCAUAAUGAAUGUAUAAAUACUGCUGAGUAUGAUUCCAGUAAACAUUUCCGAUGUUAUUCAUAUCGAACAAUCAGUUCCAAAAGUAGUUUUCAUCGAUUUGAAUUUACCAUGCAAUAUUAUGCUAUAUUUGUGUACCUAUUAUUCACUUUAUUCAAUGUACAAUGUAUCAAUGGUAAACCUACUUCAUUGUCUAAAAAUGGAACUUUUGCCGAAACCACUUCAUCGAUUUACUCUUCCGACUUGUCAUCAUUAACAAUAUCGCCAGAUUCAUCUUUAUCUCCACCCUCACUAGUAAUAUCGUCUAAUCACACAAUGGAAGCAUCAAGUGUGGAUGAUUUAUUGUUACAGUAUUUAGAUUUAUCAACUUUUCAAACAUUAAGUUCUACUCAUUCAAGUCGUAAAGUACCAAUAACAAAUGUGAUUAUGCGUUCACAUAGAUCUAGACGUAGCUUAUCAUUUUAUAUGUCUAAUUUAGAUACUUCACCAUUGCUUUUAACUCCGUUCGCACAAAAUUAUUCAAUGAAAGCAAGAUUUUUAAGCAUCGAUAACAAUGGAACUAUUAAACUAGUUAAAUCCUAUAAAGAUACAUCUGGUAAGUUAUUGCAAUGUUAUCAUAAUAUUACUGAGUUAUUAGUAACGACUUGA